CCAGGGCAGCAGGGGAGCCUUUGGAGGAGGUUAUCGGGGAAAAGAUGAGGAACUUUUUGCAGAAGGAGAAGAUAACAUGCCAGGAAAAAAUCUUGCAGACAGUGGUGAUCGACCAAAGGUCACUUAUGUUCCCCCAAGUCUCCCUGAUGAUGAGGACUCUGUUUUUGCCCACUAUGAAUGUGGUAUCAAUUUUGAUAAAUAUGAUGACAUCAUGGUAGAUGUCAGUGGAACCAGCCCACCACAGGCCAUCAUGACUUUUGCUGAGGCAGCAUUGUGCGAGUCCCUUAGAAAGAAUGUCAGCAAGUCUGGUUAUGUGAAGCCAACUCCUGUGCAGAAGCAUGGUAUGCCAAUCAUCUCUGCGGGUCGAGAUCUCAUGGCCUGUGCCCAGACCGGAUCUGGUAAAACGGCUGCAUUCCUUCUGCCAAUUCUGCAGCAACUGAUGGCAGAUGGUGUGGCAGCAAGUCAGUUCACUGAGUUGCAGGAGCCCCAAGCAAUUAUUGUUGCUCCAACCAGAGAACUCAUCAACCAAAUUUACAUGGAGGCCAGGAAGUUUUCCUUUGGAACCUGUGUGCGUCCAGUCGUGGUAUACGGUGGAGUCAGCACUGGACACCAAAUACGAGAUAUUGAAAAGGGAUGUAAUGUACUUUGUGGAACACCAGGAAGGCUGUUGGAUGUGAUUGGAAGAGGAAAGGUUGGCUUGAGCAACAUUCGUUAUCUAGUGCUUGAUGAAGCUGACCGUAUGCUGGAUAUGGGCUUUGAGGCUGAGAUGCGCCGCCUGGUUGGGUCCACUGGAAUGCCUGACAAAGAGAACAGACAGACUCUGAUGUUCAGUGCAACCUACCCUGAGGACAUCCAGAGGAUGGCAGCUGACUUCUUAAAGACAGAUUACAUAUUUUUGGCUGUGGGUGUGGUGGGUGGAGCCUGCACUGAUGUUGAACAGACGUUUAUCAGAGUCACAAAAUACUCCAAGAGGGAUCAGCUUCUUGACCUUCUCAAGACAACUGGAAUCGAGCGCACUAUAGUAUUUGUGGACACAAAGAGACAGGCUGAUUUUAUUGCUACAUUCUUAUGUCAGGAGAAACUUCCGACUACUAGCAUUCAUGGUGACCGGGAGCAGCGGGAGCGAGAGCAAGCUCUGAAAGAGUUUCGCUCUGGUAAAAGUCCCAUCCUUGUAGCUACCUCUGUAGCUGCUCGGGGUCUGGAUAUACCAGAUGUGCACCAUGUGGUCAAUUUUGACCUCCCCAACAACAUUGAUGAAUAUGUACACCGCAUUGGAAGAACUGGCCGUUGUGGUAACACUGGGAGGGCAGUGUCCUUUUUUGACCCUGAUAUUGAUGGCCAACUUGCUCGUUCCCUUAUCACGGUGCUUUCCAAGGCACAGCAGGAAGUGCCAACUUGGUUGGAGGAGUCCGCAUUUAAUGACUGUGGCAACGCUGCCUUUAGCCCACCAAGAAGAGACUUGAGUGCCACAGACUCUCGGAAGGGAAGAGUUUUCCAAGACAAUGUAAUGACCCAGCCAACUAAUCCAUCAGGUGAUGAUGAUGAUGAAUGGGAGUAGAAGAGCUGCACUCCCACAUGGAAUGCAGGAGAUAGAUAUAUAUCCCCCCCCCCCCCCCCCCCCCCAAAAAAAAGUGUUUGACACGUUCACAUUUUGUCUGUGUGGUGAGUUCAGCUCAAAAUGAAAAUAAACCGUCACACAAUGUUAAAUGGGCCACUCUCAACUCCAUCAUUUUUGUGUGAUCAUUUGUUGAAAAGUUUUUUUGUUUUUGAAAGUUUGAAGAGUUGGAUCUAAAAGCAGCUUCAGCAUUUAAUAUUUCAAUUCUGUUAUCUUUGUUAAAGAUCAUUAAGUGGCCUAAGGAAUGUUUGCAGUAGUCCAGUGGAAAUGCAUUUACUUGCAUGUGUUAUUGCAUGUUCCAUUAAGGCUUUGAUUUAGAGAUGUUCGAAAAGGUGAAGGCACAUUUCUCAUGUUCUUGUGCAUUGUACACUUCAUUUACAUACGUAUUAAAGGAUAUGAUUGGA